AUGUCAAUAACAACUUCAACAUUCAAGCGACAAGCACUGAAGCAGCUCGCAGUCGAGUGCACAAAACUACAAAUAAAAACACCGCAAAACUCGACAAACUUUCUACUGAGUACUCUACUCUACAGUGCUGAACUACGAUGUCUUCAAGUUUACCUACCCCAGGAGUGACUUCAACGUUAACAGAAACGCAAAGUCAAAGAUCGCCGUCAGUAACGCUAAAGUUGAAAAAGCCCAAGUCUGAUAAGAAAGUCAACUGGAAAAAUGGUGUUGUAGAUAAUGAGCACAUGGGGAAAAAGAAAUCAAAAUGUUGCUGCAUAUAUGAGAAGCCACGUAUGUUUGGGGAGAGCUCAUCAAGCGAUGACAGUGACGAUGACGACGAUUGUAAGAUGUGCCGACACCAGAGGAAAGGCAACUACGAGAAACCACCCCCUGAAGGGGCGGAGCAAGGAGGGGCGGAGCAAGGAGGGGCAGACAGCGGCAACACUGCGUAAUUUCCAAAACCUCUUAGCCUCUUUUAAGAAAACUGUUGUAGCUUUUGUUCUGCCCUAUCCAGAUUCUGCAAAAUCCACCAAGAAUUUUUUUUAGAGGAUUUUGCUGGAUUGAUUCAGGUACAUGUAGAGCCCAGCUGCGAUUAUUGCACAUGGGACUGGAUGAUGUGGAAGUUGCACAAAUGUGGUAAUGGGUUCCUACAAAGGGUGCGUUCGGGUAGCUCACCCGGAUCGACUCGGGUAAAGGCAGACGGAUUAGCCAUGUGAGCCGGGCUAUAAAUCGAAUGCUCAAACACGGGCCAUCACGAUCCUCACGUGACGUCCGUAGCAGAGACCGCAGCCAUUAACAAAAUGCCUUUUCGGACUGCAAGUCACACUUUGAGAUUUCCUGCUUUUCCGUCCAUUGCAAAAGGUAAAAUAGUCGAGAUUUAAAUAUACGGUAGCCUCUAAAGUCGCAAUGAGCUCAAUAAAUGAUUAUGUUUAGACUCCAAAAAAGGCUGAUAUUUGGCCCCCUUGAACUUUUCCACUGUCCGGAAGCCAUAUUUGUCUGUUUCUUUGAAUGAACAACGUACACGUGUGUCAUAUUUCUGUGGUGGCUGACCUGGGUGAACUCUGAGAAUGACUUCAGAGCUAAUUGAACAGUAUGGGGCUAACCCGAUUCGACCCUGGUGAGCUAACUGAACGUAGAAAACGCAUGCAAUGUGUUGGAUUUUGUAGGUUUGAGGAAUGUUCCCAUAAAAUGUCAUGUCAGGUAUUUGUUUUGAAUAAGUUUAAGCCAGCCAGCCAAUUAGUAUAUACCUGCAUUGUUCAAAUACAUUAAUGUAGACUUAUCCAAAACACAAUGCUUUGAUGAAAUAGAUAUCUAAUUAGGACUUUUUAAAGUAGGUUUUAUUUUUGAGUAAAUACAUUGUACAGUGAAAUAUAUGCACUGUCACU